GUGCGAAAAGGGGCUUGAAAAUGGGAGAUCCGCUCGUUACCAUGCCUCUGGAGGCCUGUCGAGGCUGUCUCAAGCCGGAGAAGAGUCAUUUCCUGUUCGGGAGCGACGAGUUGUCCGAGAAAUUCCGGUAUUGCACGCAAUUGAAGAUUGAGAAGGGCGACGGACUGUCCACUUUCCUAUGCAAGCUGUGUUACUCCCAUCUCCAGGUGGCUUACAACUUCAAGAGGAUGUGCAAGGAGACAAACACAGUUCUGAAGAAGCUUCUGCACACUCUGAGUCAGGAGAAACCAACCGAAGUGACGGCAGCAGCUGAUGCGCCUGAAGAGGAAGUCGCCGAGGAGUAUCCUGCGGAUCCAGAGGCAGAGGAAGUGGGGGAAGUUGAGGUGGAAACAACUGAGGAAGAAAAGUCGCCCAAGAGGAAGUACGACAGCAACCGACUUCAGUGCUCUCAGUGCCGGAAGAAGUUCUCCUGUCCGCAGGCGCUGAAGCUGCACACGGAGAACACGCACGGCGGCGUGAAGAGGUUCUCCUGCGACAUCUGCAGCAUGAGAUUCACGCAGAAGCACUCGCUGCAGAGCCACAUGAUGCGCCACACGAACGAGCGCCCCUUCCAGUGCCACAUCUGCCAGCGCGGCUUCCGGCGGAAGCAGAUCCUGCAGAUGCACCUCAACUGCCACACCGGCGAGACGCCGUAUCGCUGCGACAAGUGCCAGCUGGCCUUCCGCACCACCACGGCGCUGCGCAAUCACGGCCACAAUCUCAGCUGUCCAGUGUGCGACAAGGCCUUCCAGAUGAUCCCCUCGCUGCAGAAGCACAUCCAGCGCCACAAGCUGAGCGGCGACUCCUGGCCGCGCCUCAAGCUCAAGGUGGAGCACAUCUGCGACGAGUGCGGCAAAUCCUACGCCUGCAAAUCCGUCCUGGAGGCGCACAAAGUCAUGCACACGGGCCUGAAGCCGCACAAGUGCGACCAGUGCGACAAGGCCUUCCCGCUCUUCGCCUCCCUCAAGGUGCACAUCCGGAACAAGCACCCGCAGCGCCCAAAAGCCCCCAAGGAGGCGAAUCUCUGAAGCCGCGAAGAGAAAGUGUUGAGAAUGUUGAGAAUUGAAUGUUUGAAACAUGUUUCUGCUGUGUUUCUCGUUUCACGAGAGCGCUGCAAUGUCGGUAAUGCAGUUGAUUUUAUUUUCAAAGAAUUCCAUGAAAAAGCGAUGUUUAAAUCUGUUUUUAAAUGAGUUUUUGAACAUUUCUAC